AUGUGGAAAUUCAAAAGAGAUUGGUCUUAUGAAGACAGAGGAAGAAGCGAGCAUUAUGAGGAUCCACAAACCAGCCGGUCAUGGCGAGGGUCCCGGGCACGUGAGGAGGUAGUGACGCUGCCAUUGCCACGCUACGCUAAUCCGGGUUCCCCCAGGGCCAUGGCUUUGGAUUUUAAAACUUACGUGGAUCAGGCAUGUAGAGCUGCUGAGGAAUUUGUCAGUAUUUACUAUGAGACAAUGGACAAAAGAAGGCGGGUACUACCCAGGCUGUAUCUGGACAAGGCCACUUUAAUUUGGAAUGGAAAUGUUGUCACUGGGCUGGAUGCCCUGACUAAUUUUUUUGAAACAUUGCCUUCUAGUGAGUUCCAGGUCAAUAUGUUAGAUUGCCAGCCAGUUCAUGAGCAAGCCACCCCGUCCCAGACUACAGUUCUUGUUGUGACCAGUGGGAUUGUGAAGUUCGAUGGAAACAAGCAGCAUUACUUCAACCAGAACUUCCUGCUGACUGCACAGUCCACCCCUCAUAACACGGUGUGGAAGAUUGCAAGUGAUUGCUUCCGCUUUCAGGAUUGGGCUACUAGUUAAAGAGGGCAAAGGUCCAGUCUCCUUUAGUCCAUUAGUUCCAGAAACAAAAAUUAUGUGAGCUAUUUCAUUGUAGAAGCACUAUAACCUAGUGUGUCCUGAAACUAAAUUUCUUUAGUAUUUUCAAUUUCUAAGAGCACCUUUUCUGGCAGCUGCCAGUUUGAAUCAUUGCCCUUAAGAGCUUUAAUGAUAGUUUUUUACAUGCCUUAUAUACAUUCCACUAAUGACAUUCUGAUAGUAAUGUUAAAUACAUGAUCUCUGUACUAAUAUUCACUGUGAAUUCAGCCCAUCGCAAAAAUGAAAAC